GCACAACUAAGCCGGAUCCCCCUGAUCAGACUAUACGGCUGCAGAGCAAGAUGACUGAGCCGGAGAAAGACGGAGGAGGUGGAAAAUCAGGAAGUAAGAAAGAGAAGGAUCAGAGCUGGAUUCCCAAGAUCAUCAAGAAGAGAGUGUGCACCAGUUUUGUUGAAGACUCCUUCAGCAAUGGAGCGAUGUGUCAGUGCGGUGGUGUGCGGGAGCUCCAUGACUCUGUGGCAACAGGGGACUUCUUCGGAGCAGCUAUUGUCACCCAGUGGGACAGCAGGCAGCACUCUUCAGAGUAUCCCACUGACGCCUUUGGAGAGCUGCAGUUUGCCGGCGCUGGACACAGACACAGCCAUUUUCUGCGGCUGUCAUGUGAAACUGAGCCUGAGAUCAUCUACACCAUGAUGACGACUCACUGGGGCCUGCCCUCACCCAACCUGGUUGUGUCGGUGGUGGGGGGUGAUGGCCAUGACAAGAUCAAAAAAUGGGUUAGAGAUAUCCUGAGAAACGGGCUCGUUAGGGCAGCACAGAGCACAGGGGCCUGGAUCCUAACAGGGGGACUGAGGGAAGGCAUAACCCGCUGUGUGUGUGAGGCGGUGAGGGACCAUGGGGCUGCAGCUCCAACUCUCUCCCAGAAGAAAGUGAUUGCUGUGGGAGUGGCACCCUGGGGCCUGGUGCACAACAGGCAGCAGCUUGUCAGUGCCCAGGGGAGCUUCCCUGCUCGUUACUACGUCCAGAACACAUCCCAUGAUUCUUAUUGUCUGGACAACAACUGCCAAGCUUUCCUCCUGGUGGAUGAUGGAAGUGCUGGCCGUUGGGGAGGAGAGACAAGCUUUCGUGCUAGUCUGGAGGACUACAUUUCCCAUCAGCGCACUGGCAUUUGGGGUACUGGCAGUAUUGAAAUCCCAGUGCUAUGCAUGCUCAUCGCAGGAAAUGCAAAUAUGCUGGAGAGAAUAGACGCCUCUCUAAAGAAAGCUGUGCCCUGGUUGGUUCUUGCGGGUUCUGGUCCAGCUGCAGACCUCAUCAGUGAGCUGCUGGACAAUCUCUUCUCUGUUGCCCUCAGCCCCACCUCUCCUCCAGCAGAUGGUGAGGCUGCUGAGGUUCUCAGCACAGAGCUCCGUGACUGGGUCCAUGACAAGGUCCGAAGACACUUCCCAGCUGAAGCAGAGCUGGAAAAACUCAUCAAUAGGGCUCUGAGUAUUUAUCAGAACAGGGAGCUGAUCACCAUUUUCCACGGGGAACAGGAGGGUUCUGAUGAUUUUGAUACAGUUCUGCUCAAAGCCCUUGUAAGAGCAAGUAAACGUGUGGCCAGUAAUGCCAGUGAGUACACUGAAGAGCUGAAACUGGCUGUGGCCUGGAACCGAGUGGACAUCGCCAGAACUGAGCUCUUCAGUGGAGACAUACAGUGGAAGUAUGAGGACCUUGAAGACUCCAUGACAGAUGCACUGGUCAAUGACAAACCCCAGUUUGUGCGUCUCUUCUGCGAGAAUGGCCUGAAUAUCCUGGACUAUCUCACAUACGGCCGCUUGGAAAGCCUGUACCACUCGCUGUCAGACAGCUCACUGACCUACAGUCUGCUCCAGAGGCGUCUGAGCGAGAGGCAGAGCUUGGCUGGAUCCCUGUCCAACAUGGAUGGAGCUGUGACAGGACCUCUGAAGACUCCACAGAGUGCACUAUCUGGACCUGCAACGAUGAAGCUCAGCCUGUAUGAGGUGUCCCGCCUACUCUGGGACCUGUUGGGUGAUGUCUCUCAGCCUUUCUACUAUGGACCUCUGGGGCUGGACCAUAGCAUCAGCACUAGGAGGGCUCUUAAGCAAGUCAAUAAGAUGCAGCAGGAGGAGUGUUUGUACCGGGACCAGCGCUGCCUCUCACCCUGGGCAUCCCUCUUCAUCUGGGCCGUCCUGCAGAACCGCAGUGAAAUGGCUGUUUCCUUCUGGGAAAUGGCAGGAGAGUCAGUGUUGAGUGCUCUGUGUGGAUGUAAGAUGCUCAGAGAACUUUCCAAACUGGAGAGUGAGACUGAGAGCAAGCUUGCCAUGAAGGAACUGGCCCAAAAGUUUGAGAAUCUGGCACAAGAUGUAUUUGGUGAGUGUUACCAGAGCAGUGAGAGUCGUUCCUUCACUCUCCUUAUAAGGAAGUCACCAGUGUGGGGCGGAGCUACGUGCCUGCAGAUGGCCACUGCGGCUGACGCCCGCCUGUUCUUCAGCCACGAUGGUGUUCAGUCUCUGCUGUCUCAGAUCUGGUGGGGCGACAUGGACAGAAGUACUGAGGUUUGGAAACUGGUUCUCACCUUCUUCAUGCCCCCCCUCCUCUACAUAAACCUUAUCAGCUUCAGGGAACAAGAUGAGGAAUCUGUUGAGGUCCACCAUGUCAGAGAUACUGAAAGUCUGGAUGGGAAUGAUGCCACAAUCUUCUCCCUCGCUGACAUUAUACAAAAUGAGGAAGACGUUGAAGAAUUCAGGGCUCUAAAAGAAAAGUUGAAUGAGUCUUCGCCAUCCAACUCCAGGAGACCAUUUAUUGUGUCACGGUGGAGACAGUUCUGGUUUGCCCCUGUCACCUCAUUCCUUGGCAAUGUGCUGAUGUACUUCCUGUUCCUCUGCCUGUUUGCCUAUGUUCUGUUGGUGGACUUCAAGCGCCCACCCCCUGAAGGCCCCGCAACUCUGGAGUUUGUGCUGUACUUUUGGGUGUUCACCUUAGUAUGUGAAGAGAUUCGUCAGACCUUCUUUUUGGGCAGCACUUUUGUGUUCCAGCGGAUGAGGAACUACAUCCAGGAUGUGUGGAACAAGUGUGAUCUUACAGCUAUUGGUCUCUUCAUUUUGGCUCUGUGCUGCAGAAUGUUCUCCUGGUCAUAUGAGUUUGGCAGAGCUGUGAUGGCCAUAGAUUUUAUGGUCUUCACACUACGUCUGAUCCAUAUCUUUGUUGUCCACAAACAACUCGGGCCCAAGAUCAUCAUUGUUGGCAAAAUGGUGAAGGACGUUUUCUUCUUCCUUUUCUUCCUGGCUGUAUGGCUCCUGGCCUAUGGAGUGGCCAAUCAGGCGCUCCUCUACUCGUAUGAUCCCCGUCCUGGUUGGAUAUUCCGCCGAGUGUUCUACAGACCAUACCUGCACAUUUUUGGACAAAUACCUAUACAUGAAAUGGAUGCUGAUAAAUUGGAAGAAAAAAUGUGCACAAACAACAUCACACGAAUUGAAGCAGGAGAGGAGCCCUGUCUGAACACCUUCGCCAACUGGCUGGUUGUCAUCCUCCUCGUCAUCUACCUGCUGUUUACUAACAUAGUACUGGUCAACUUACUCAUUGCUAUGUUCAGCUACACCUUCUCCAAAGUACAGGAGCGCAGUGACACCUACUGGAAGUUUCAGCGUUACAACCUGAUUGUGGAGUACCACUCAAGGCCCUGCCUGGCACCACCCUUCAUUAUCCUGUCACACCUCAACCUUUUGAUCAAGAGAUACAUCCGCCGCAUCCCUUCAGUCAAGAGCAGACACUUUGAUUCCGCCAAAUGACUCAUCGGAGCCUGGGAUGGGGAAGGUCCAGCGAGCAGGGACUAUAUGAAACACUGCACAACGGAGAUUGUGGUUAUCCUCGUCGGCCAGCGCCCAGGUCCAAGGCAUGCUGAACAAUCAACCACAUCGGAGCAUCGAGGCUUUGGACUUAGACUUAUGACUUCAGAGAUGGAACAGACAUCGCAAGAGAAGAGUCCAACAACCUACAGCCGACAGCAGGAAGCCGUGCCACGGAGGAUAACCACCUGCGACCGGCUGGGGGUCUCUAAUCGGGCUAACAAAGAUUCUUUUCACGUUCAUCCUGCCAAUAAAAGACUGUGGACAUUGGGGACUAUGUGGGCUUUGGACAAAGCCAGGAGUUUUCGACUGAAUCCAGCAGUUUGGCAGUUGUGAAAGGAUUGGAUCGACCAAAUUGGACUAACCUCAACAACUCAGCAGCAGCCUUUGUAUCAGGUUUUUAUUUUAUUAGUAUGAGGAUAGUGAUUUUAGGAAAUAGGUUUGAUCAGAUUUGAAUGAAUUAAGCUGUAUUCUUGCCCUUGCUAAACUUCGCAAUACAUAUAUCUACUGCAGUUAAAGAUUAAGUUGUGGACCUCAAAUUUAUAGCAUCUCCUAAGGUUGUAAUCAUCAGGUAUAGUGUGUUUAACAUCUUUAAAGGUUCUAACAAGUUACUCUAGCCCAAGAAAUUAACGGACCCAUGGGGCUUACUGGCCAAGCCACUAAAAUUAUCCUAGCAACCAUACCAAGUGCCCAGAUCAAUGAGAGGAUGAGAGGAGAGCUGCCAUGAACGUAUGCGGCUAGUGUAGUAUUUGGCCCUAGGGGCUAUUCGGUCAGGUGCUAUACUAGAGUAAGCAGGGUAGACGUGCGGAUGAAGGCAGUUAGAAGCUAGGCGAAUCUCCUUGCCACCAGCUUAAACAGUCCUCUAAACUGUCCCGAUAGGGUAAGACCCAUGGGCUUGAAGAUCGGACCCCUUAGUGUGCGGCAGAAGGGAGUUCUGCCCGAGCACUUUGACCAGCGGGAAAAGUUGAGCCACCAACCUGCAGAGAUCCUCGAGGAGGAACGGGAAGAAGGAGCGGCCAAUGGGAGCAGUCAAGCUGAACACCCAAAGCGGCGCUGAGUAGCUCAACCAGUCUGCGACUCAUCCCCUACCCAAGGUACUAAGGGAGGCUUUGGGAGCAGAUGACUCGAACGACAAAGACAAAAGAAAAGCAGGGAUAACGAGGAAAGAGAUCGACCAGACAACAGAGAAGAAUCGUCUUUGUCAGUAACAAGAAGUGGGAACAGACACCAAAAGGAAGGGUGGUUCCUGAAGAUUCCAUAGUACAAGUGGUGCAGGCCAUACAUGAAGCACUAGGCCAUGCAGGCACCAUGCCUACAUGGAAGGAAUUGGAAAAGCAGCAACUCUGGGUUCCAGGAAGCCAGGUCCACCGAGUCCUCAAGGACUGUGAUGUGUGUGGUUGAUACAACACAGGACAAAGAGGAAAAAGGGUGGAUGGCGUCACCAUAAAAAGCACUGUACCCUGGGGAUCAGUAUGCAUGGACGCAGCUGGACCAAUGGGGGUUACAGGUAAGAAGGGCAAGAAGUACCUUCUAGUGCUAGUGGACUCUAUGUCAGGAUACGUAAUCAUCAGCCAAGUAUGAAGUAUCGGACAUAGUAGAGAAGAUCUUAGACAGUAACACAGCGUUACUAAAGAAGAAGGGAAUUCAAGGGGUAGAGGAGCUUAAACCAAUUCCAAGCUAGAAGAAAACCAGGAACCAAGAAUGGAUACUAACACACAGAACCUGCCACCCUACGUCAGGGUAGCCACUGUCUAUGGGGUGGUGGCCCUAAGGAGAACAACCUCAGGACUCUGGGUAGGCAGAGGACUGAGAAAGCUAGAUUGCGCUAAGCAAGUAAAAAAUACCCGUGUGGUUUGCUCAAAACCAUCCACCCUGUCCAUCCAAUGGGAGGGACCGGGGAGUGAGAAACCACUCAAGCCAGAUGGAAUGAGAAGUGAAUUCAAGAAUAUGCAUUACAAACCAGUAAAAGUUAUGGAUGCCUUUGUUGGUUGGUUAUGCCGCAUAAUCAAGCCCGGCUGAUCAUCAUGACUCAAUGGGACCUGCGAGGAGGACGAUUUCCUGUCCAUUGGAAUCUAAAACUAAAGGCAUCCGAUGCAGCGGGUGAUCUCAAGGAGGGGGUGUCAAGUGAGUUGAGAUCCCUGAUCCGCUAUCACAACGAAAGAGUUAAUGUAACAACCUGGGAAAUGGAUGACAGAGAGUUUCUCACUGUCUGGCCUUACAAAUGGGGAAGUGAAACUCCCCAGCAGAAGGCCUGGGAGUUGGGAACGAAGGGACUUCCCAUUAUUGCCAGUAAUAGCAUUAGCCUUUGGACAUUUAGAGGACUCUCCUUCUGAGUAUGUGAGUAAUGCAUAAAGAUAAAAAUGAGCAAAAGCUAAAAUGUGAUUAAUGAUGAUUCCGUAUUAAACAAUGUAAAAGUGAACUGUUGAAAUGAGUGUAAUCAUAAGAAAAGAGUAUGAUUAUAACUGAAGAUUCUGACUACUGGAAAUUGUGAAAUCAUUGCAAUAAGUUGGUAGCUAAGGUGAAAUAAUAAUAACUAAAUCAUGCUGAGGGGUUGAGCAAGGAAAACUUGAGCAACCAAACUGGAGAGAGUGUGAGAAGGGGGGGUAUAUGAAGCAAGCAGGAUACAUCUGGAUGGACAAGGAGGAUGGAUUGUGUAACAUAUGACACGUUGUUGCCUAAUAUGGUUAGAAUCCGCCAAAUGACUCAUCGGAGCCUGGGAUGGGGAAGGUCCAGCGAGCAGGGAGUAUAUGAAACACUGCACAACGGAGAUCGUGGUUAUCCUUGUCGGCCGGCGCCCGGGUUCAAGACAUGCUAAACGAUCGACCAUAUCGGAGCAUCGAGUCUUUGGACGUAGACUUAUGACUUCAGAGAUGGAACAGACGUACAGCCCAACAUCGCAAGAAAAGAGUCCAACAACCUACAGCCGACAGCAGGGAGCCAUGCCACGGAGGAUAACCACCCCCAACAGGCUGUGGGUCUCUAAUCGGGCCAACAAAGAUUCUUUUCACGUUCAUCCUGCCAAUAAAAGACUGUGGACAUUGGGGACUAUCUGGGCUUUGGACAAAGCCAGGAGUUUUCGACUGAAUCCAGCAGUUUGGCAGUUGUGAAAGGAUUGGAUCGACUGAUCACUGCUUCACCCUUUCCCUUCCUCUCUCCAAACUGGACUAAUCUCAACAACUCAGCAGCAGCCUUAAUAUCAGGUUUUUUAAUUUAUUAGUAUGAGGAUAGUGAUUUUAGGAAAUAGGAUUGAUCAGAUUUGAAUGAAUUAAGCUGUAUUCUUGCCCUUGCUAAACUUUGCAAUAAAUAUAUCUA